CAGCUACUGAAAGCAAGCCCCAGUUCCGUUUGUCUCUGCAUCUCCUCAUCUCACAUCAUCCCAUGCUCUUUCUCUGCACAAGCAAGCAGUACCUACCAAUAGGUACAGUACAAUGAUGAAACGCAGUCGACAACCAGAGGAGGAUGAGUUGGGAGCCACGGAAUUUGCAGCAGCCUUGAAUGGAGAUGAUCCCCAUCGAAUCCUCGACUGCUUGAAGCGGUUUUCCAGAAUUGUGCGCCAUCAGAGGCGUCAAGCCUUGUUUCCUCACACGACGCCAGAAGACAAUGACGACUCGGAAGAAGAUGACACUCUGGAAGACGACUACCUGUCCAAUAAUGCUAAUACUAAAAACAAGAAAUUCAAGGCAUCCGAAGCGUGGAAAGAAGACACACGAUCGUAUCAGGUUCCAUUUGUGGGAACAUCGGUCGCCAAGGGAGAUGGAGGCACCGUGGUGGUCGGACAAUGGCCCACGGGCUUGCUCAAGGCAUAUUUGGAUCGCAGUCCAGUCGCCACGGAAUUGACCAGUGACGAUCUCAUCCCUCCCACGGGGCAUGUCCACAAGACACUUCUGCGCAGGCAACAGGGGAAACUCAGUCAUGCCAUCUUCCAAGCCUACUUGAAAGCACUGGCAGAACUGACCACCGCCGCCAUUCCCAGAGAGACGCUUCAACAACAGCAACAACAAUCACGGAAACAACGAGCAGCAGAAGACACUGCCCCACGCUUUUUAGAAACUUUGCUCAGCGACCGUGUACCAGGACUGAUUGCCUUGCUCCAGUCCAACACCAAACGAGGAAAAACAGUGGCAGGGCCUUUGAUACCGCUGGUGUUGCAGAUUCUGACUCGAAUCAUCCAAACACGGGUGCAAAGUGCCAGAAACUUGGCGCGCCUGUUGGAACAGUCCCCACCAGAAGCCGUUUGGAGGUCCAUUAUUCGAUUGGCUCCUCCUCCUCGGCAGCAGCACAACAACAAUAGCAACCAGCCAAUCGAGGAGCAAGACAAUGACCGCAACAAUAAUCAUCCACCAAGAAAAGAUCCUUCCAAAAGAAACGAAUGCAGGACUGCUUUUUUGCACAUGGUUCGCGCAUUCCUGGAAACCAGAGAUACCACCGUCCUGCAUUACAUUAGUGCCACCGGCAGCAAAGACCGAAAACUCAUCUCGGGGGUGCUGGUGUUGGCAUUGCGAGAGGGACUGCGUGAUACCUUUCAUCCUACUAACAACGGUAACAACAACAAUGCCUACUAUCAAGAAAUGGCCCUCUUUUUGGAAACGGUUCGUCGCAUCAUUUGCCACUCGGCCAGUUUGGUGUCCUUGCGAGGAUGGAUCGAACUGCUUCCGUACGAUGUACUCCACAACUUGUGUGAACUGUCCAUACACGCGCCACGAUUGGGCAACAACAAACCAGAUAAUCAGUUCCAAUUGGUUCUCGCUAUUGGCAAUGAUGGCAAUGAUGAAUCAGGGACGACAGUAUCGUUGUUGCAGCAAGCUGGGAGAGAAGCAAGAAGAGUGCUGUGGAUCUUGUUGGUCGACAAUCAACGAUCGCCCUUACUCAAGGGCAUGCGCAAUAAUAAUAAUAAUCACAACAACAACAACAAAAAUCGAGAGCAGGCGGUUGUCAUUCGAGCCAUGUGCCGCCUCCUGGAAACGCAUCCUCUGUCCGGAAAGAUGGGUCUGCAUCGCUGUAUCUUGCAUGGGAUACAGCAAUCACCAUCUCUGUUGCCAGCUUUGUUUCUCAAACUCAACCUGCCCGAUUCCAGCAACCACCCGUUUGCCUUUUGUGCACGGUUGAGAUUUGUCUGUCAGCUUUUACGGGAGGGACCAGUGCCAUUGGGGGACGACGACGACAACAACAAUCAGGAACGAACGCAGCAAGAAAUGCUGCGACUCAUCUUGCCCAUGGGAAUGACAAGGCAAGUCUUUACCAGAGCGAUUCAAGGCAAAAAUGACUUGUGUGUAGCAGAGACAAUCAAGUGCCUUUUAUGCAUUCUGGAACGGUUGCAAGUCGUUCAAGUUGCACUUUCCGCAAAAGCAAUCGACUCGUCAGAGUUAACGAAACAGGUGAUUGCUCAACUGCCCGAUGUCAAAGCAAUCCUGCCUUCCAUUUCUCGAUACGACCUUGACGGAGGAUUUGCUCGAGCAGCACCCAUAAUACGGGGGCACCUCUGUCAACUGCUUCUGUCCGUGGCUACAAUCCACCCAGGCUUUCUUAGCGAAGUAAAGUUCGAUUGGAUGAAAAUGCUGCCGUCCAAUGCAUCGAAUUUUCGUCGCUUGCCCCUGGUGCUGCAGGCACAACUACUACGAACACUGGAAAAACUCUUGAACUGCAGCACCAAUCCCCACAUAUCUCCUGCAGCUUGUGCAUUGCUAUUGGAGAUCUUGACAACAUGCCGAACGUCCCAGGUCUACACAAUUGCUAGACGUAUUUGCGUUUUCUUGCUAAGCCGCGUGGCCCCAGCUCCUUUUCUCAAUGAGGAGUCUCAGCAGAAUAUACGUUACGAAAUAUCUUGUUGGAUUGAUUGCAUGGCACCAAGGGCUACAACGGACUUUCGACAUGUUUUGGAGAGUGCCUCCAAGACAUUUCUCAAUACAGAAGUGUCCUUGUUUCGGGCGUGGAAAGAUGCAGGAUUGUCAACUUCAAUGCCGAAAGAAUCACCAUCUGCGAUACUGGUUACAGCAAUCGUGGAUCUUUCGAAUGGCUCCUGGUCAACCGAAAUGGAAGAGCUUGUCUUGCGGGUCACUGCAAAAUGCCUGCUCUUCAACCACAACCCAAUGCCAAUAGCAACGCUGAUAACUUAUUUCUUGGGCAAGAAAAGACAGUCGGGGGCUUCCAGCGAUGGAGUCAAAGCAAUGAGGAACCAGUUGCUGAAGUACGCAAAGACUUUGGUUGACUUUGACGAUUCCUCGAACGAAACAAAACGAAAUUCACGCCUGCACAAGUUACUAGGUGCCUGUUUCUCCGAAACGAGUUUUCAUCGGAAGGUGUUUGAUUGGUGGAGAACCGGCGACAGCGCAAUCCUCUCGCACUUUGAUCAUUUGUCGCGUGAGGAUGCAAUUGCUGCAAUCAGGCAACUCUCCCACAUCAUUGCUUGCAAUUCACAUGAUUCGUCGGAAAUAGUGCAUUACGUGUUGAGGAGGAGGAAUAUCGUUUUGCUUCGACGUAUCAUUGGUUCUGCUUUGUUGGAUCUUGAUGACGAAUCAGACCUUGUAGUUCAAAACACUGCUGCAAGAUUGACAGAUUGCGAUUUGGCACGCUUUCAGUUCUUUUUGAUUGUGCACGGCAGUCGACAAUCAGCUUCCGAUUUACUUAGCCAUCUUAAAUCCAUCGAGCUUAGGACGUCAUCGGAUCCAUUUGGAGGUCAUCUGCUGUUUUCGGUCAGCGGGGAAGCAAGAGAGCGUUUCCUCAUGCUUACCCUGAUCGGACCCUUUCUAUCCCCGGAGGACUUGAACGAGGCAUUCGGCACCUUGCUACGGCUUUGGUCCAACGAAAAAACCAAAUCCGACAGGCGCGUGCUUCUCCCAGCGCUCAAAUCUUGCACACAAGAGGUGUUGGCUCGGCCAAUGCUGGAGGGCUUAGACAGUGCGGGUGGCGCCUUGAAGGCGUGGCUAAGUGUCUCAGAUUGCUUGCGGAAUGGGGAAAGAGGUGAAGCCCUAGAACUUCUCUGUGGUGAUCUCGAGGCGCUACUUUGUCGUUCCCUUGAUCUUGGGACGGAGUCUGCAAAAUUGUACCUAGCAACGGUUGAAGUGGAAACAAAAGAGCUUGUGUGGAGCACCACAAGAUUGCGAUCCGAGUUGGACUCUUCGACUGGGUGUUUGUUGACUCAGCUAUUCGACUGUGAUCCGUAUCGCUUUGCCAGCUACAUUACGAGACUGCUGGUUCUCAACGAUCAAGCUCCGAGGCGCCUGUGGCUGUCCAGUACUUUUGAGCGAUGCCUACAGGGUGUGCUCGAACGGAAGGAUAUCAUGAAGACCGAACUCUUAGUGUCAGAUGCAAAGGAGCUUGGUGAUGCUGUCUUGCAACGCGCAACAGUCUGUCUUGAACAAAUUAUGACGAAUCGAGAGCCUUACGCGGAAUUACAAGUUUUUCGGCUUGUUGGGUCGCUGGAUAGCAGUUUUGAUGUGGACUCCAACGUAAAAGUGGCGCUCUGCAGGAAGACAACUUCAUUUCUGAUGAGUUCAGCCUUUAACAAAGGAGCCGAGGCCGGGAUAUUGACCACAUCCGCUCUACUUGCGUUCCUAGAAGGAUGCGUCCAAUUGAUUAGUUUCCUGGACGAAGACGUGGAAGUUGAGGCGACGGUGAAACGAGAUUUGUGUCCAGCAUUCUUCGCUCGUCUUUGCAAACUGCUUCCUCGGUCACUCCGAAAUCAUUUCAAGGGAAAUGGAGAGAAGCUUCCAAGCGAUCCUGGAGUCGCCCCGUCGCUUCUGAUUCGGUGGAUGUGUCAACUAGCCAAACAGCUUGCUAGUUUUGACAUGGAUUCGGGUAUUCUGGAGAAGUCGGUUGGGUCGACGUUGCGCUCUUGUUUGAAAUAUGGAAUGGCAGAAGCCGACGAUACAGCACGCACAAAAACCGCUACGAUCUGUCUUCAACUAGCCAUCGAGCUUGUUCCUGCGAUCCACGCCGCAGAGAUUGCAGGCAAGAGCGACAAUCUUCCAACCGCAGAGGAAAUCUACAGCAUGGUUGUGUCGCAUUCCAGAUUCCAGGCAACACUGUUUGAAUCGUCUGAUGGCGGCCAAAACGACGCUCGAAAGCUCGAAUUGGUCCGCCUGCUCUUGUCGUGCGUAUCGCUAUCGACGACUACAAUCACGUUUUCAUCAUCUGUAUGGGACGCCUUAUUCAGUGCGUACAAUGCCAGUGUCGGUGUUAUCGAUGCAACGCUGAGGCGUUUACUUUAUGUAGCCUCGACAAAGCAAGGAGAGAGCGAAUCUUUGCCAUUUCUCGACCAAUAUCGAUGGAAAGAUACGCAAGGCCAUCCAGAUGCAAAAGCAAAGUAUUCAUGGGAUUGGCUUGUCAACGGCCUUCAGUUAGGGCGUGUUCGCGAGACUUUGCGGUGCUUUCCUCUCGAUGAUGCGGUUGAACCACGUCCAAUGCUGGUGCACAUCGAGAAUAGGAAUCGGACAGACGUCGUAGCUGACGGAGAUGACAACUUUGACAUCCCAAAGACAACUAAAAGCGCGGGAGAUUCUUGCUAUAGCCCUGGCUACAUUCUACCCCUCGUUUUUUCAGCGCUGGAAGCUUGUUUGGAAGGUACGGCGUCAACACUCCCAGGAGUGGAGGAGGGCAAAACCUUACGAGGCGAGGGAACUGAGAACCUGCCUGGAUCUGUGGUGACAUCCGAACUGCUGGCUAAAACGGCUCAGCGCUUAUGCGAGAAGGGCGCUUUGAGCUUGACCCUGGCAUCUCUUUGCAGCAGGUGUGCAAGAUUGCGCCAAAUCGCGGUAGCUGUGCUCGGCCUUUUUGUCCAAGCAUUGAAUACGGACGAAGCUGUCCAGAUCAAGUCGUGGCGAGAAAGGCCGCAACUUGCGAUGUUGCUGCAUUCGGUACAGAGAGCCCUGGCAGUACGACGGUCAGUGAUUUUGGCUGAAGCUAAAGGAAACCAGGAGGAAGAAUCACCGGCAUGGCUUAUUGUUCCAAAGCUGCCAGGUUUCUCUGCAAUCUUUCUUGCCCAGGCAGCCUUGAUUUUGGCCCGACCUGGGGACGCCAUGUACACACCAAUCAACAAGUACUUUUUAGGCAAAGAAAACGACCACGGAGCUUUUCGCGAUCUCAACCGUCUACCGGCCUUCGUCAUGUUCUUCUGCUCCAGUGCUCACGAGCCCGCUGGGCAGGCGAGGAUGGAACGGUUGUUUGCCCUCAGAUUGUUUCGGGACGGGUUUCUGGAUGACUACUGUUUCAAGAGCGCGUCUUCAUGCCAUGCACCCGCACUAUUGAUGUCAUCGUUGACGAACUUUCGCUCCCGCUCGAGCUUGGGAAGUCCUAUGGACGUCGAAGAGGAGUGCCUUCUGCUGUUGGAGGCCAUUGAAAGAAUGUUUGUUUCAGGCGGCCAUCAUGGUUCGCAUCUCCUCAUUGAUAGGAUGGGAUCACUUUCUUGGCUACGCGCCGUCCUCGAACUGCGGGAUCUGAAGCAUGUACUGCCGACAAGGUCUUGCCGCUUUGCUUUUCUCAAACUAUUGAAGUCAGCUGUUGAUCAGGCGGUAGGUGACUUUCAGAGACACGGGGACGGGCGGGAUGGGGCGAGUCUGACCUUUGAAGUUACUUCGCUGGCACAGCCUACACUGAAUUUGGGGGUAAUGGCGCUAGAAGAGGUGGAGUCCUCUCGUGACGGGGCGCGAACAGGGGAAGUGCCUACAGAAGGGGCAACGUCGUGUAUUGAAACCUUCCAUUCGCUGCAGCGGGCUCUGCGUAUCAGUGCCAAGGGCGAGACCUUGGAAAACGAUUGUUUUCGCGACGAUGGAGUGUUGAUCCAAACAGUGCUUGCAUUCUUUUCCAAAGCAACUACUCUUUCAACAACCGAGAAAGAUGGACUCUUGGGAACCUUGAUCAGCUUUCCCUUGAGCUCCCGCGCUCCCGCUUUUGAGGCCAUUGACUUUUGCGGCAUGCUUCUAGAUGCUCUGUCUUGCAGCGCCAACCCCAGCAGAUCAAUUGUCAACAAAGCGACCGUCGUGGGGCUCAUUCACAAGGUUCUUUUGACUAUGAAUCGCCUUGCGCAAACCCGGGAUGGCAACACAGACAAGGCCGAGCCAAUGCAGGAGGACGACUCGGGCAGUGACGCAAACAGUACGCCACAAGAUGACGCCCCGGACGAUACCGAAAGUAAUCUCGGCUCACAGCUGAUCCCCAAACUGUUGAUGAGUCAAAAGGUUUGUUUUCGAUGGCCCGAGAGCCAAUCCAUUUGGUUUGAAUGCCUGCGGACAGCCCUUCGUGACAGCUCUGGAGCUCCCAGCACAGAUGAACCACCAGAGCAAGAACGAAUGAAACAGACAAUCAAUCUGCUAUUGAAAUACCGAGUGGAUGAGCCGUAAAGCUCCAUGGUGCUGUAGCGAUAGCCAUGCCCAGCCAGCACUAAACGUAAAUGCCCUCGCAAUGCGAAUCCGUAUGGCGUAUCUAUUAAGCAAUCAUGACUAUUCGCCUAUGCUACUGGUGAAGACUUAAAAACUAGGUAGCUGUCUCCUGACGAGCCCCCAGCUGCGUUGACAAGAACCGGUACGCCAUGCCUUGCACGGGAAGGUCAUCCUAUUAUUACAUGUACACCAAUGAGCCAAUACAUUACGACAUUUGUCCAUUUCUCAAAGAUGCAAGAUCUGCUGCAAAGAAUUGUUACUACUUGAAUCAUGCUUUGUCCCAUACCAUCACUGCUUCCAUCUCAGGAGAAGCAUCUUCCAUUAGAACAUGCCAAUGGCGUGUAUUCCCAUGAAGAUUAGAGAAAGCACGAAUCUCAAGGAGCCAUGCGUUGCUUCGUAGCCAAAAUGGACUCCAGAAGUAGUGUCCACAAUGCGGGAACCCACAAUGUCAUCAAUGUCGCCACUAAUGUUGGCGGGUGCAAAUUGUAGCUUGACAAGAUUCUGGUCUUGGGUGGAAAACAAGAGUUCCAAGAUGUCCGGAUCACUGGAACAACCGACGGCAAGAUUGGACUCUACCGGGCUGGACAAGGGUAUGGACCACACAGUUUCCACUCCCUCAUUAUUGUUGUUUGUUCGUUGUAAUCCCACCAAUGUGUCCUUGUCUUGAUUCUGGACGACGAGUUCGGGAAUUCCGUCACCGUUUAAGUCAAACACCACGGCACGAUCCAAAUUGCGAGACCGAAUGUCAUGGGAGGUAUACCGUUGGGAGGAUGCAACCAGUUGCAGUUCAUCGCUGCCGUCCCAUUGAUAGUACCGUACAAUACCCCCAAUAUGAGGUGUGCGAAUCUCUACUACUUCCGUCUCUCCUUGUGGUCCCAGGUUGCCCACUGCCAACUGAUGCAGCCACCUGCCUCCUACUCCAAUGGCCGGUGCUUGUGCCAACAGAGUAAGCUCUUGUCGUUCAUUAGCAUCUGCUGAUGCCGUCGUAAGCGUGUAGACCCGCAGCCGUGCUCCAACUGCACGAUUGGAAAUGGUGGUGACCAAAUCCUCUUGCCCAUCCCCAUUGACAUCGGCCCAAAUCACUCCCAAUCCCUCAAAGACGGUGUCUUCUUCCUCUUCGUCUUGUAGGGUGACUUGAGCAUGUAUUUCUACCGAUUCUGUUUCUGCAUUCCACUGGAGGACAGUGAGUGCGUGUGCCUCUAAAGCAUCCCCCACAACGGCAUGAUUGUAGCGAUCCGUGGAGGCCGUGUAGACCGCCCAGAGUUGGUGCUUGUGCGAGUACGAAAUGGAAGCAUCUGGGAGUGGAUCCAGAGCCGAUGCCCACAAACUGGAGUGAGUUACAUCUGAGUAAUUGGCCGUCAAUUGUGUGAGUUGAUAGGUGUUGCCUGUGGUAGAAGUAUGCUGCUGUUGUACUAGCAAGAAUCCUCCAUUGGGUGUGGGAACAGCGGCACUGAGAGGAGAGGUGAUGGAUGGCUGAGGAAAUGGAGAAUACUGCAUAGUCUCAUUGCCGUCCUUCCUUGUGGAGUCUCUACUGCUGAUCACCAAGGGACGAUCUGCACUGUCCACUGUACUCCAAGGCAGGACUGCUGCUGCAUUCAUGUCAUCACUACUAGUAUCAUCAUCUCCAAGAGAAGAUGUCAUUCGAUACUGAUCCCCAUUGUCGAGCACCAUCCACCAAAAAGUUGGUCCCGAUGGAGUUCCCACAAUCCAUCGCACCGUUUCACUGGUACUGUUGGUUCCCAACAAGAGCGCAUCAGCGGUGCUUUGAAUGUCCACUUCUUUGAUCAGCCUCGGAAUGAUAACGGCUUUGUCAUUGGCCUUGUCAAUCACCGCUGGUUUCGACAUCAGACCAGGACACACCGCCUCUGUCACCAGGCGAUUGCCGGAUGGCAGCAAGGAUGUCGUAAGGUAGUCCAUGAUGAGUACAAUAGUUAUUAUAGUUGUCUUGACUUGCUUGUGGAGUGUGCAACA